AUGACAUUCUCCAUCUUGGACAUCACAGCCGAGAAGGAUGGCGCCAAGUCCAGGGACAAAAAGUGGCCCUGGUAUGGAGCUCCACUCUAUGCGGCCGCCGCCUUUGCCCUCUUUUAUGCCGCCGUCCUGCCCAGCUUCCACAGCUAUCCAAAGAUGUUGUAUAUGAAGGACGAGGCCCAGCAUCCGGAUGAGUUCAUUGGCGAGCGGGCUAUGCGACAACUGGCGGAGUACUCUGCGAUUGGUAACAAGAUGAGCGGCUCCAUUAACAACGAAGUGCAUGUGGUGGAUUUCCUGCUUCGCGAAAUCCAAAAGAUUAAAGACGAGGCUCGAACGGAUCUGUAUGAUAUCGAGGUGGACAAGCAGUAUGCCUCUGGAGGCUUCUAUCUCUGGGACAUGACCAUUGCCUACAGGAACCUCUCCAAUGUGGUGGUGAAGAUCUCCCAGAAGAGUUCCAGUAACCCGAAUUAUCUGCUCCUAAACUCCCACUACGAUUCGGAAGCACAAACUCCUGCUGCCGGCGAUGAUGGUGUCAUGGUGGUAGUGAUGCUGGAAACCCUGCGAGUGAUCUCGCGUUCGGAAAAACCCCUAGCCCAUCCCGUGGUCUUCCUGUUCAAUGGUGCCGAAGAGGCCUGCAUGCUGGGCUCCCAUGGAUUCAUUACCCAACACAAAUGGGCCAAGAACUGCAAAGCCUUGAUCAACCUGGACUCCACUGGAGCUGGCGGACGUGAGGUUCUCUUUCAGACAGGACCCAAUCAUCCUUGGCUGGCCAAGUACUACCAUCAGAAUGUGCCCCAUCCCUAUGCCCAAACCCUGGCCGAAGAGCUUUUCCAGAACAACUUUAUUCCCUCGGACACAGACUUCCGUGUGUUCCGCGAUUAUGGCGGUGUUCCCGGCCUGGAUAUGGCCAGUGUGAUGAAUGGAUAUGUUUACCACACCAAAUUCGACAAUUUCCGGAAUGUGGAGCGUGGCACAUACCAGUCGACGGGUGAGAACGUAUUGCCCCUGGUGUGGGCUUUGGCCAAUGCUCCAGAAUUGGAUGACACUGCCGCCCACGAGAAGGGUCAUACGGUAUACUUCGACUUCCUGGGCUGGUUCAUGCUGACCUACACGGAAUCUGUGAGCAUAGCCAUCAAUUGGGUUGUUUCCGUGGCGGCCUGCGUCUGCAUUGGCACCUCGGUUUGGAUCAUGACCCUGGACAAUGGUGCGGAUGCCCCAAAGGCGGUGUUCAUGCGAUUUGGCAUCAUCUUCCUGGUGCAGGCAGGCACCUUUCUGGUGGCCUGCGGCCUGACGAUUCUGGUGGCUGUCUUCAUGCAGGGCGUAGGAUUAGCCGAGUCCUGGUUCUAUGGCAAAUGGAUGGCAUUUGGUUUGUACUUUUGCACCCUGUACUUUGCCUUUGGACUGCUACCCUCGAUUUAUAUUGGAUAUACGAAGAGGAAGACAAACAUGAAGUUGAAUCAGACCAUUGCCUGUUUUAUGCACGCUCAUUGCAUCCUGUUGGCCUUGCUCUGCAUCAUCCUAACCAGCAUGGGCAUCCGCUCCAGCUACUUCCCCAUGGUGGCCAUCUUUUUCUACGCCAUUUCGGUGCUGGUGCAGAUUGUCCUCAAGCUGACGCUGAAGAAGAGCUACUUUGUGACGGUUCACUUGCUGUGCCAGAUCCUGCCCUUCUGUUUCUAUACCUAUAUCUGCUAUGCCACACUCGUGACUUUUGUGCCCAUGCAGGGUCGGGAUGGUCCCGAAAGCAGUCCCGAUAUCAUGGUCUCCGUGUUUGUCAUUGCAACUGGAAUCAAUUAUGCUGGUUUUGUGAUUCCCAUAAUGCACAAGUUCCGUAAGCCCAAGAUUAUCUUCUCCUCCUUCGGUGUGCUUACGAUCAUAUUCAUCAUAAUGGCUGCCACUUCGGCAGGCUUUCCGUUCGUGAAGGAAGUGGCACCCCAGCGGUAUUAUGUACUGCACACUUUGCGAACCUUCCACAAUCUGGAUGGUACCACCAAGCAGGACUCUGGUUACUAUAUUCAGCCAGUGGAUACUCGCAUCCACGAGCUGGAUGACACCACAUUCAAGAAUGUGGAGCCUGACAGUUGGACAGCGGCCACCUGUGCCGCCGAACCCUUCUGCGGUCUGCCCCUUUACAGUGGUCGUUGGAUCGAAUGGAAGGACUCUGCUCGUUGGAUCUAUAGCACGCCACCUGUACUACCGGUAGAGAUAGAUCUCAAACAACUAUCCAAGGAAACCCUGCCAAAUAACAAACUUCGCUUCGAGUACAGCUUAAAGUCUAGCGAUCGUGUUAUGAUUUACAUAGCUCCUUUCGAUAAUGUUAAAGUCACAAACUGGUCCUUUGACCGAACACCUCUGGAUGAGGGGCACAAGCCACCUUAUCUGAUCUAUUACAUUUAUUCGCUAAUGGAAGAGCCCUUUGAGUUUUGGGUGGAGAUUGAGCACGAGGAGAGCAAUACCAAUGGACCGUACUUCAAGCUGGUGGUCACCGAGCACUUUGAAUACCAUCCAGAGCACUACACCGAGGACUACAAGGAGUUCCUGGCCACUUUCCCUGACUGGACGUACACCACCGAUUGGUUCUCGGCCCUCGAGAGCUGGAUAGUCUAGGCUACGACGACGAUGAGAGUAUGGACUCUAUAAUUACCUU